AUGGCCGUUUACCCAUCCACCCUCUUGGGCUCUUGGCUUCGUGUGAUAGAGCUAGAAAUUUCGCACAGGUUGCUAGAGACAAGCCAUUUACUCAGAGCUAGCGACGUUCAAAACCACCAUAGAGUUACCCGUUCCGGGCAGUGUAACGCGAUUGAAACUAGGGCAAGCUUCAAGAUCCAAUGCACAAUCUACGUUACCCAUGCCACAAGACUACAAGUGCCCUACAAGAGGUUCCCUGCUCUCUUGCGAAAAGGCAUUGUAUGCAUUUACCGAUCAUUUUCGAAGAAGCAGCUAUUAGUCUCCGCGGGAAAGCAGGUCGAGUGGCUUUGUCCUCAUUGCGGAAAGGUUGUGGCGGACAGCUACAUAGAAAAGAAGCCUGGCGGCUUUCGGCGUCUCAAAAGCCUUCUUAUUCGCUACUCCGGAGUGUCUUUGAGACAAUCUGAGCCAAUCUCUGUUACUCCAGAACAGAACUCUAAAGCUCAAGAUGCUUCCGGGACUCUGAUCUUCAAUAGCAUAGGCGGCUGGUUUGAAAACGGGGCGAAUGUCAAUCCCCGACAGAAUCUUCCUCAGCAUCAUGAAGUCCUCAGCUCGAAUGGAAAGGACCCUGAUCUCUGCAAAUCGUCUCGGAAGCAAGUGGGAAGGCCAUCGGUAUUUCGUCAUAGCUUCGUGCUUUUAUGUAUUCCCUUCAUGAGAUGGGGUACAAAGGCUGAUCAGCCUGAUGUGUGCGAUAUUCGAUCUGACCAAAACUUCUUCCACUUGCUGCGCGCGUCCUACGAGACAUAUCGAGCCCAAAGUCGUUGGAGUUGUCUUAGGAGAGUCAAAGUCAUUGGAAUUUUCAAGUUUGGACUCUUCCGCACCCAAUUGGUCAAUAUUUCUCGGUCUUCCUUUCUGUCCAUUGGACCAGAUUUCGAUCAUGAAACAGCAGAUACUGAGCCGCCAAUCGGAGUCAAUCUCAUGAUGCAUUUGGUUGAAAAUCCUGAUCAUGCUGAUAUUUUUCCGGUACUUUUCAAAAGGAUACCUCGGAAGAUGAGAGAAAGAUUACAACCUUGUCCAGUUAAAGGGAGUUCCGAUGGAUGGGGUAUGCAGUUCGUGGAGACGCCGAACGAACUCUAUGUAUUCAUAGUGAUGUUCAAGGAGGGUUUGCGAUUGGCGGAUUUGCUCUCGCAUUCACACUAUUUUGCGGCGGAUUACUUCACUCUUACAGUACCUGACCUUGAGCUAUAUGUUUGGUGGCUUGAAAGAAGAGAUAAUCCCAAUUCAGGUCUGAAUCUCUUCAACAACCUCCCCACAAUCGAGCUAGCAACUCAUGAAUUCGACUUCAGAGCCCUGUCAUAA